AUGGGGCCUUCCAAAGUGACUCUUAGUGAGCGAAAGAAAAAGGUAGAUUCUUCAAAAUCCUCCUCGAAAUCCUCUGCCAAAACUGCAUCCAAAACUCCAAUUGUCAAAUCACCGCAAGAUUUCAAAAGCUCCGAGUUUGUUGGAGAAAGCGACAACGAAAAUGACGAGCCAAAGGAAGAAAAAUCAGAAUCAGAUAGCGACAGCGAAUCUCUGCCUUCAAACCCCGCUGUGAAAUCUACAUCGAAAUCCAAGUCCCAAUCCAAGGGCAAGACCGCAGAGAGUAGCGACAGUUCCGAGGCUGAGAGCUCCGCGGAGAGUGAAAGUGAAAGCGGGAGCGAUGAGAACGAGUCUGAAGACGAAUCAAGUGCAAAUGCAAAGAAGUCUGCUGCGCUAUCAUCUUCUAAGAAAGAUGCCAAAACAGUAUCGAUGAAAGUUGCGCCCUUCAAGCCUCCUCCCGGAUUCGAAAAGUCUUCUUCAAAGAAUUCCAGUAAAGCACCACAGUUAUUCAGCAAGUCUAAUUUAGAGGGAAAAGAAAUUUGGUAUAUCACAGCACCUGCGUCGGUACCCAUUGCUUCUGUAACGGAGAUGUCGAUGCGAGAUGCAUACUUGGGCAAAGCAGUAUUUUCACAGAAUGGCAACGAUUAUGGUUUCGUUCACGACCCGCUUGAUGAUAAGGCAUAUACCAAGAUAUUGUUACCAAGCAAUUCUAAAGAUGGUUACUCUAUUGAGAAAAAAUCCGUGGAUCAAAUAUAUCAUAUGCAGCAAGUCGUUAACCUUUCUAAAGAGAACUCCAGCAAAGCUACAGUGCCCGCGAAGCGACCUGUUCGUCAACAACCUAAAGGUCUAAAGGCGCGAUACCAACCAAUUGGCUUUGCGAGCGCACCUGGUAUCAUUGGAUCUGACGAGGAUGAGAACGAGUCAGAAGAACGCGCUCCCAAAUUCCAAAAAUUAGCAAUGUCGGAAGACGAAGCAUCAGAUGUGGAGAUGGAAGAUGCACCACCGGCGAAGAAAUCAAAAUCCGAUAAAUCGAAAAAGAGCCAAAAGGACUCUAAAGAAAGUGCGGAUCGCUCAUCGAAGAAGAAGCACAAGGAUUCUGGAGAUAAGAAGAAAAAGCACAAGAGUUUGUUACCAUCAACCUCUAUAGGAUUACAGGAACUAAAAAUAUUGAAGAAACAGACAGCAAUUGAACUCGUGAAUCAGCCUAUGCUACUUCGUCAACGAGUAAAUCAUCAUUCAGAUUCGGGCCCCGAGAAGACUACUAAUAAUAUAGCUUCACCGCUUCGCAUACUCCCAUCGGGGAAGGCGAGAUCAAGUCCGAGUAAGGAUAUCUCGCAGUCUCGGCCUGCGACGCUCGGUUCGACUGUAGAACCCCUGUCCUCGCAUGCGGAGAGUACGAGGAAGACAGCUACAGCAACGUUUGUCAAUGAAGAUUCGAGUAUGGCAAACACGAAGGAUGAAGUAAAAUGGGAGGAAAAGGCGCAAAUGGAGGCGAAAAAGAGACGUUUGGAGUCUCGUACUGAUAAUUUUUGA